UCGCGCUUCCUUUAUACGUCAUUUCCUUGCGACGCGCGUGUCGUUUACCCGAAAGGGACAGUCCAUGGUUUUUCCAGGCUUUUUUGUUAUUUUUGCCCAGAGUUGAUCUCUAAAUUACUAAAUCACAAAGUGCAGACAUGUCUUUGACAUUGCCGCGGUGUUUGUGGAGGGUUUUAUCCCGACAGGCUGCCCCGUCACGUUUGAUGAUCGGGGGAAAUCCACAUAUUAUGCAGGGUCCAUUGGUUGUUCCUGUGAUGGAGCUGAAGACAUCAGCCCCCCUGAGAGCGGAGCCAAAAAAGAAAAAGAAAGUGGACCCACGGAGGGAGCAGAUGAUGAGGGAGCGACUGAAGAAGAAGCUGAAGAAGCUGGAGAAGGUUCCACCUGAGCUCAUUCCCAUAGAAGACUUCAUCACUCCAACCAAAUGUUUGGAUGAAAUGAGGAAACGGGCUGGUCCAGAUCUGUCAUUUGAAGAGAGUGAGAGCCGAGCGUUGCUGCUGAAGGAAUGGAGCAGAUACAAACAGCAACAGCACAUGGCUGAAGUGGAGGCCAUUGAACUGGCUUUGGAGGCGCAGAGAGAGGCACUGGAGGAGCUUAAACUGGAGUCAGAGGAGCUGUACCAAGCAGCUCUGAAGCCAGAUCCACAUCUAUUUCCCUUCACACACGAGGGUCCUGCAUACACGCCCCCGAUAUCCAACUACGACGCCCCUGACGGAAAGUAUAAUGACGUCACAAAGGUGUACACGCAGUGAUGGACAGAGAAGCGCUGUUUGAGUAACUCCAGAGGACUGUUUUCAAGUUGAGAUGAAGCAAGUUGGAGAGCCUGCAGAGUGAUGAGCUUUUCUUCCUUUAUGUGCGAUUACAUCACAUCAAAACAAACUGUGUAUCAAGGUGUUUCUGCCAUUUUCAUUUUAAAACUUAAAAUAAAAAAUGACUACUUUGCCAUUUUUUUUAA